GCUUUUUGUUCCCGGUUCGCUCCCAUGCAUUGAUUUGCGAUUGAGAUACAACCUGCCAUCGGGUCAACCUGUAAGCCCGGGCCGUGCAUCAACAACAAUAAACCGAAUAUCCGAGGCACAAUGGAAUGCACGUGGGGAAUCCUCUGCUUGUCAGUGGUUAAUUGAAUCCAAUUUCUUCGUUGUCUGGGGUCACUCUGAAUGACUUUCCUUUUUCGCGAUCCCAUCGUGAUGACGACGACAUCUGCAAAUAUCUCCGACGUCUCCGGCGUCUCCGACGGCUGAGAUUCUUGUCAGCCGGCGGAAAUCAACCAUGCGCCCUUUGGUCGAGAGAUCGUGGGCAUUGAAUCCAUAAAACCUUGGAGAUGUUCGCGCUUCUCGAGGUCGUGGGAGGUUGAAACAAGGCGUUGGAACUAAAGCCUCGUUCCUCAGCCAUCAUCGACUUUCUUCGUCUCCACGACACCUCCCUCGACGAUAGCCAUGCGCUGGCUACAAGGUAUCGCCCUCUGGGCGCUGCUGGCUCCGCUCUCGCAAGCCAAUGUCGCGGACCCGGCCAAGGACGCGACUCCUUACCACAAAGAGUUCGUCUUAUUCCGCAGCGCCAACAUGGCUUCCCCAGACAAGCUCUCUAGCGGCAUUGGCUUUCACUCCUUCCGCAUCCCGGCCGUCGUCACCACGAGCACGGGCCGAAUCCUUGCUUUUGCCGAAGGCCGCCGCCACAACAACCGCGACUACGGCGACAUCAACCUCGUCUAUAAGCGCACCAAGACAACCACCAACCACGGUGCGUCCCCCAGCGACUGGGAGGGCCUGAAAGAGGUGGUUGGUUCCGGCGCCGGCACAUGGGGCAACCCGACGCCGGUGGUCGACGGCAAAACCAUCUACCUGUUCAUGUCCUGGAACGGCGCUACCUACAGCCAGAACGGCGGCAACACACUCCCCGACGGGACCAAGACCAAGAAGAUUGACACCACCUGGGCGGGACGCCGCCAUCUGUACCUCACCAAGAGCACGGACGAUGGCGCCACCUGGUCCAAGCCCGAGGACGUCACCAAGACGCUGACCCCCGCCAAUCGCGCCUGGGACGCCGUCGGUCCCGGCAAUGGCAUCAGGCUUACCACGGGCGAGCUCGUUGUCCCCGCGCAGGGCCGCAACAUCAUCGGCCGCGGCCCCUCGGGCAACCGCACCUGGUCGAUGCAGAUCCUCUCGGGGGCCGGGUCCGAGGGCACGAUCGCGCAGACCCCCGACGGCAAGCUCUACCGCAACGACCGGUCCGGCAGCGGCGACUACCGGCGCGUGGCGCGCGGCACGCUCACCAGCUUCGGGAAGUUUGCCGACGACGGCGGCCUGCCGGACCCCAAGUGCGAGGGGUCCGUGCUGCUGUACAACCGGGCCGACUCCAAGGGCCCCGCCCGGACUAUCUUCAUGAACUCGGCCAGCAAGACGAGCCGCCGGGCGAUGCGCGUGCGCAUCAGCUAUGACAGCAACGCGGCCAAGUGGAACUUUGGGCGGGAGCUGGCCAAUGCGCCAGUGUCUGGGGCAGGCAACGAGGGCGGGUAUUCGAGCAUGACCAAGACGGCGGACUACAAGAUUGGGGCCCUAGUCGAGAGCGACUUUUAUAACGACAAGGGAGGCCAGAAGUCGUAUCGGUCCAUCAUCUGGCGGCGGUUUAACCUGUCGUGGAUCUUGCAUGGGCCGCGUAACUAAGGGGCUCUUUAGGGUCGUCGGUGUCGACCGAGGUAGUAAAUUACAUAUGAUGUACUAAUCGG